AUGGCGUCAUUUAAACAAUUAAAAUUAUUUGUUGAUAAAGAACUUGAUCAUUGUUUACAAAAUGUUGUUCGUCCAUUUACUGAACAUGCCUAUUUUCCUGAAACACCUAUUGAUCCACUUGGAAUAGAAAAACAUCAUCAUGAUAUUCAAUUACAGAAUUUAUCCAUUUCUGAUACACUUGCCUGUGCGACUUGUCAAAUUCAAUUUACUGAUCGAACAGAACAGACUCUUCAUUUUAAAUCUGAUUGGCAUCGUUUUAAUCUUAAACGAAAACUUCGUAAUCAACCUCCAUUUUCAUCUGAAAAAUUUGAAGAUAUGGAGAAAGAUAUAUCUAGUAUAUCGGGAAGCGAUUCGUCUAGUGAUGAAUUAAGUGGAAAUGAAGGUUCAUUGAAUGCGUCUUUGGAUGGUUCUUAUAAUACCUGUGCUAGAAAUAAUCCAAAAAUUAUUUUAACACUUAAUGAUGGUCGACAUUUAUCAUUAUAUAGAUGUAUUUUACAUGGAAAAAAGAAUCUUCCUCAAGAAUCUCAAGAAUUGAUAUUAACUGCUCAAAGACUUCCAUUAUGUACUAAUUGGUGUAUUGUCAUGGCUGCUGGUGGUCAUUUUGCAAUAGCCAUAUUUCAACGAGAUAAAAUUAUUCAACACAAAACAUUUCAUAAAUAUAUAAUACGUGCUAAACAAGGUACAGCACAAACAGCACAUGAUCAAAAAACUGGUGGUAAAGCUCGAUCAGCUGGUGCAAAUUUGCGUCGACAAAAUAUGCUUCAUUUGAAACAAAAAAUUCAAGAACUUUUUAUAACAUGGAAAAAUGAAAUUCAACAAUGUUCACUAAUAUUUGUUCGAGCACCAAGUUUUAAUCAACAAUUAUUAUUUGGUGAUAAAAAUCCACCAUUAUCAGCAAAUGAUCCAAGAAUUCGAUCGAUACCAUUUGCUACACUUCGACCAACAUUUAAUGAAAUAAAACGUGUUUACGAUCAAUUAACUAAAAUGGAACUUUAUCCUGAAGAUUAUCAAUUUCAAAAAAUUGAACAAGAAAAAGUAUCAACUACAAAAUCCAAAUUACCAACACCCAUAGCAAAGAAAAUGACUAGCGAUUCAUCAUCAGAUUCUGAAGAUGUUUCUGAUGAUGAAACAAAAAAAGCAUCAUUCAAACAAACUCAAAAAAAACAACUAAUUAUGGUCACUACAACUAAUGAUCGAAAAAUAUUACCUGUCGAGGAUUUAUCGACAUUUAAUGAAUUAUUUACUGCUUGUCGUCUAAAUGAUAUUCAACGAUUUGAUGAUCUAAUUGCUCGAUUACGUGCUAUAAAAUAUAUCGAUAAUUCUCCAUCAAUUAUUGAUAUACUCAAUUAUCAAACGGCGGGUAGUCUUGAUACACUUUUACAUAUUGCUAGUGAACGUGGACAUUUGAAAAUUAUUCAACGUUUAUUAAAUGAAGGUGCUACUCCAGCAUUAUCAAAUCAACGAGGAAAAUAUCCAUAUAAUUUAUGUAAAAAUAAAGAAACAAAAGAUGUAUUUCGUUUAUUCCGACAUGAUCAUCCAGAUAAAUAUGAUUAUACACUUGGACAAAUUGCACCAAGUAUAAGUAUUGAUGAAUUAGAACGACAACGAACUGUUGAACGUGAACGUCGACGUCAAACAAAAAAACGUCGUACUGAUAAACAACGUAGUGAUCAAGAACGACAAUUACGUGAACAAGAAGAAGAACAACAACGAAUUGCUUUUCUUGCAUUAUCAGAUGCUGAAAAACGUACAUUGGCUGUACAUGUUAAUUUUGAAACAAACAAACGUGAUGAAUUACAUUUAGGACGUUGUUGGCAAUGUGCUAAAAAGAUUUCUGAUGAACCAUUUACAUAUUUUGAUUAUAAAUUCUGUUCAACAGCAUGCUUAAAAGUACAUAGAACUAAAUCGAAAACGACUACAACGAAUGUUUAA